AUGGCGUCCGAUCCAAGAAUGAGCGAUCAGGAGAUGGCUGCUAUCAAUGCUGCCGCAGUCACCAAAGAAUAUCGCGUUCAGCCGCAUCUGGACUACCGCACCGUAUCUGCCAUCAAUGGACCCCUAGUUAUUCUGGACAACGUGAAGUUCCCGUCGUACAACGAAAUCGUUCAACUUACACUCCCAGAUGGGUCAAAGCGCGGAGGGCAGGUCCUCGAAGUUCAGGGAAAGAAAGCCAUUGUGCAGGUGUUCGAAGGAACUUCUGGCGUCGAUGUAAAGGCCACACGUGUAGAAUUCACUGGGAGCAGCAUGAAAUUGCCUGUAGCCGAAGAUAUGUUGGGUCGUAUCUUCAACGGCUCCGGCAAUCCCAUUGAUCAAGGUCCGAAAGUCUUCGCCGAAGAUUAUCUCGACAUCAACGGCUCGCCAAUCAACCCCUACUCCCGCAUAUAUCCCGAAGAAAUGAUACAAACCGGCAUAUCCACCAUCGACGUCAUGAAUUCAAUCGCUCGUGGCCAGAAGAUUCCUAUCUUCUCGGCGGCAGGUUUGCCUCACAAUGAAAUUGCAGCCCAGAUUGUGCGGCAGUCGGGACUGGUCAAGCGACCUACGAAAGAUGUCCACGAUGGCCACGAAGACAAUUUCUCCGUCGUCUUCGCAGCUAUGGGUGUGAAUAUGGAGACCGCCCGUUUCUUCAAGGAAGAUUUCGAAUCCAAUGGUAGUUUGGAUCGCGUCACACUAUUUUUGAAUUUGGCCAACGACCCGACUAUCGAACGUAUCAUCACGCCACGACUCGCGCUCACAACCGCUGAAUACUAUGCCUAUCAAUUGGAGAAGCACGUUCUUGUUAUUCUCACAGAUAUGACAUCAUACGCUGAUGCCCUACGAGAGGUUUCCGCAGCACGCGAAGAAGUCCCUGGGCGUCGUGGUUAUCCGGGCUACAUGUACACUGAUCUGUCAACAAUUUAUGAGAGAGCCGGGCGUGUUGAAGGCCGGAAUGGGUCCAUCACUCAAAUCCCGAUCCUCACCAUGCCUAAUGAUGAUAUCACUCAUCCUAUUCCUGACCUAACAGGUUAUAUCACUGAGGGCCAAAUCUUUGUUGACCGGCAGCUACAUAACCGGCAGAUAUACCCUCCAAUCAACGUCUUGCCAUCACUUUCUCGGCUCAUGAAGAGCGCCAUCGGCGAAAAGUUGACUAGGAAGGAUCAUGGUGAUGUUUCAAAUCAAUUAUAUGCUAAAUAUGCCAUCGGUCGUGAUGCGGCGGCGAUGAAAGCUGUAGUCGGUGAGGAGGCCUUGUCCUCGGAAGACAAACUCGCCCUAGAGUUCCUGGAAAAGUUUGAGAAUCAAUUCGUCGGGCAGGGAGCGUAUGAGGCUCGCACUAUCUUUGAUUCACUGGAUCUUGCAUGGUCUCUUUUGCGAAUCUUCCCUAAAGAACAGCUCAAUCGUAUUAACCCCAAGAUUGUUGCCGAGUUUUAUGCGCGUAAAGCCACAAAGAAACCGGCGGCGGUGGCGGAUGCCAGUGUGGCGGACGAUGUAAAGUUGAUCGAUGCAUGA